CCGGUGGAUCAGUCUUAAAAUCAAUAUGGAUGCCUGAUGUUUAGGAUAUAAAAUGAACUUGUAGUUGGAAAGUUUUUUUUUAAAUGAUUUUAUUACACAUUUUCGAGUUCAGGUGAGCCCGGUUUCGAGGAAGUCGCAGUUGUAAACAAAACUAGAAAGGAAAGGGUAAAUCAAGUGAUAAAUUCCAGUACGGAAAAUGAAAUGGGCUGUUCAGAUAUUCAUCGUCUCGGCCUUGUGUCUAGUUAUAAAGAGUUUGGACGAUCCGUACAAAGUUCUCGGCAUACACAGGUCCUCCAGCGUUCCCGAGAUCAGAAAAGCGUACAAGCAGCUGGCUAAAGAAUGGCAUCCUGACAAAAAUGAUGAUCCAGCUGCCGCUGAUAAAUUUGUCGAAAUCACACAAGCAUACGAACUUCUUUCCGAUCCAGAAAGAAGAAGGCUUUUUGAUACUUUUGGCCGAGUGGAGGAAUCCCGGCCACGCCCCGAACCCCAGUAUAGGCAGUAUGAUCCUUUCGACGACAUAUUCGCUGGUUCAGGAUUUAGAUUUAGGUUCUCCGAUAGAGAUAUCACACUCUUCCACAAACUUUCUAUAACGUCUAGGGCUUAUGAAAAUAUCCUUGUACCAAAAAGUUAUAGGACUCCGCAUUUGCUUCUUUUCUACUCCGACUGGUGUUUCCCAUGUCUCCAAGUAGAGCCAGUAUGGAAAAGGAUAAUGGAAGAGCUCGAGCCAAUCGGUGUCGGUAUCGCGACGGUUCAUGCGGAAAAUGAAAAAGGGCUGGCUAGAAAAGUUGGUGUACCUUCCCUACCUUGUCUCAUCCUCCUUUCUGAUGGGAGGUCAAGCGUUUACAAAGAAUCAUUGUUCAGUAUACAGAAAGUUGUUGAAUUUGUACGAAACAAAAUGCCUUAUAAGAUGGUGCCUCAGAUAAAUGAUGAAAAUGUGGAUGUUUUUCUUUCCGGGUGGGUUGACAAUAAAGUCCGCGCUCUUGUUUUUCAAAGGUCAGAUCCUUUACGUCUCCGCUACCUUCUGACAGCCUUUUACCACAGGGAUCGAGUCGCUUUUGGUUAUGUUCCAUUGGGGCCAAAUAUGUUAAAAGUCAGAGAAAAAUAUCAAGUAUCGAGCGAGCAAGAUGCGCUGCUCGUCUUCAAUGAAAUCACAGAAAGACCGGUUGCUUCUGUCAGUAUGGCUGACAUACCAGUUCAUACAAUGCACGAUGUCAUAAACAAUAACAAUUAUCUACUACUACCCAGGCUCUCAUCCCAGGCUUUAUUGGAUGCAUUAUGUCCAGCUGGUAUGUCUUCUACAAGAAAGAGAUUGUGUGUAGUUUUGGUAUGUCAAGAUACCCCCAGUCAUGACCCUCACCGCCAAUCAUUAAGACGAUUUGCCCUCGAGUCUCAUUAUUCAAAAGAGCGAGUAAGAUUUAUGUACAUUUAUCAAGAGCGGCAACCCCAAUUCAUCAGCGCUUUGACAUCUGGGAAAAAUAGCCCUGACGAGCCACUUCUACACGUGGCUAUACUUUGUAGAAGGGAUUCGUCACAUGUCAAGUAUGAAUGGAUCAGCAGUCAGGAAACUUGGGAAAGUUAUAACAACACAAAACAACACUUGGAAUCAGCGAUUGAUAGAGUUCUGCACACUACGCAACAAUCAUUACUGAAUGAAGCUGUUAUCGGAGAGCUGAUUGAUGAACACACGCAGGGUAUUAUGUCCAAACUCUUAACAAGGUUCCUCCAGACGAUUGAUGCACUUCAAGAGUCAUUAGGAAAGGAGCAUAUCCUUCCAGCUUUAUCCGUACUAGCGACAAUUAUGAUCAUAAUAGGAGCAGGGUAUUGCAUGAACUACCUAAUGAAAUUGGAGGAAGCUAGAGUACAAGGCGAGUGUGGCGGUAUGACAAAUGGCAUCAAGACAAAUGGCUACCAGCCGCAGCUCAAAAUUCAUGAAAUGCGGGCAGAAACGUACAACGGUUUAGUAAGGCUACUCAGGCCUGGCUGUAGGACCAUUCUUCUGCUCGUCGAUUCUCAGUCGAAACCGAAGCUCGUGCCGAAAUUCCACUCGCACGUUUGGCCAUAUCGAAAGAAUAAAACGUUGAUGUUUGCCAUACUGAACUUGGAAAGAGGGUUGAGCUGGUAUACAGAAAUUUUAAGCCAGAGUCUCCCCGAGCCGAGAGACCUGAGCAUCAAUCCCAAAAACUGUAUCGGAACGGUCUUAGCUCUCAACGGAUUAAGGAAAUAUUUUUGCAUAUACCAUGCUAAACACCCUGAAGGCAGCUAUUGGGGAAAAUCGCGAAUGAAGAGAAUAAUGAAUAACCAGUUGGGUGUAAAAACAUCAGGAGGAUUUAUAGGAUUUGACGAUACUACAUCAGAGAGUGAUCUUUCAGAUGUAGAACAAGGACUUCACCCAGAGCCACCUAGCAAAUAUGGAGAUGUGUUGUUUGUUGAAAAUCUCUUGGACGGCUUACCAAACUGGCUCGACAGGCUGUUUGAAGGGACUACUCAUCGGUACUACCUCAAUUAUUGGCCGGAUUUUGGGGCGAAGUGAAUUAACUUUUUUUUCUACAAAGAAAAAAAAACAACAUUGUGAUGAUGUCAGCGUUUGGAGUCAACCCUCCUUAGUCCGCCCCUUCCCUUCCUUCUGAUCCAUAAAAAUUCCUGAUUAAAGAUCUCGCUCAAAAAAUGAAUCUUAACAAACAAGUAAAGGAACAUCCUCUCGGAUAAAAAGCCUUAAUGAGUGAUAAUGAAAGUAUAUUUAAUCGACGAGAGAACUUUUGGCUGUUUUAGACACUAAAGAAAAAGAUACUUCCAUUUUUGUUUUUGCUUUGCAGUAAUUUAAAAUGUACUGUUGACAGAUAAUUUUAAUAAGAUAAAUUUUUAGUGAUUUAGUAAAUCAAAAGCACUAUAAGAUUAGAAGCAUUAAAAUAAAUUUUUAGCACCGAUGAAUAGGGCUUUAAACUUUUUUGAAGUAAGAUUUUUGACUAAACAGAUUAUCCAUUAUUAAAAAAAAGUUACAAGAAAAUUGUGAUUGUUCAUAAAUAGACAUUUGAAUUUUUUUCUUUCUAAACACGAACUUUUCAGCAUUCCUAAAUAAAAUAUGAAAUAAUCUUUCUUUUUUUAAUUAUAUUUAGUCAAUAUGUAAUCAACUGUUUAAUUUUUUUAUUAUCGUUGUGUAUUAAAAUAGUCAAGUAGUUAUACAAUUUUAGCCAAAUUUUCGGUGGGUUUUUUCGAGGUUGGUAAUUUUUGUACUAUUUGUAAAUAAUCAUUGUCUUUUUAUAAAAUAAUAAUUUAUGAAUAUAUUAAUUUAUCUCCCUUGAUGAUUUCCAUCACAUAUCAAAUCAAUGAAAAAUCGUAAAUUCGUUCUAGCAUUUUCUCUGGGUUGGGAAGAAAUUGUUGGCCAAAACAAAAACAAAAAAAGCAACAAGUAAGAAAGACAUUUUUCUAGGUUAUUUUUCCUCUCUGGUUGAGUAAAUCCUUUAUUUUUAAUUAAUUGUGGAAUUAGUUAUUUGGUUUGAAAAAACAUUUUAUUUUUUACUUAUGAAUACUUUUAGAUGGUAUGUUAUACAUAGAACUCCCUCCCCCAUUAUAAAAUGCAGAAAUGAAAGUUCUGUCAUCACAAUUUAAUCUACCUCCUUUCUUUUUCUCUUCCUUUUAUUUCUUUUAUACCUAGGUGAAUUAAAACUUGGGGAAUUUGAUGUUUUUGUGUUUUAAAAAUUUAAAAAAGGACCUUCCUUUUAUUAUUUAUUUAUUUAUUUAAAUUAUAAUUUUUUAAAUUAAGUUAAAAGUGUAAUAAGGGCAAACUGAACUUUAGUUUGCAAUUUCUCGAUUGUUUGCAAUCUUCAAUCAGAAUUUUAAACGCUGUUAUGUAUAUCAUAAAUGAAAUUAUUAAAUUUUAACACUGCAGUAAAAUUAACUCAAUAAAAUACUGACAUGUAAUGAUCCAAUAUAAAAAUUUGUUACAUGUUUUAUGCAAUUUUCAUUUUAAGAAACAAAUAAUUUUAUCAAUUAAAAAUACAGAACCAUUGCAUAAUUUGUACUAAAACAGAAAUUGCCCAAAGAAUGUUAUAACGAUUAUUAUAAAACUGGUCAAUUUUCUGUGAUAAAUUAGUGAUUUCUCUCAUAAUUGCCUACAUUUUUGUUUUAAGUUUGUUACUUAUUUUUAUUACAAAAAAUCAUUUUGUGAAAUCACAGCAUUUCUUCACGAUUAUAGAGAAAAAUAUAAAAAAGUAAUCUUGCACUAAAAGCUAGUCAUUAGCAAAAUAAAUUCAUAUUUCUAUAAUGAAUUUUAAAAAAAGCUACUGUAUCAAUGCUGUCUAUUAUGCAGUUUUAAUUAUUUAUCCUAGUCAUUAUUGAUAUGAAAGACGAUUGUUUAAUUAUUAGAUUUUUCUAAUUGUGUUGUGCCAUAUUUUGUUGAUUUGUUAUGCUUUUGAGUGUACAGAAAACCAAACAAGCUUAUAUUUUCAAAAAUAAAAAUGGAUUUUGUACAUCCAAAACAAAUAUGUUAUAUUUCUUGGUCGAAACAAAAAUGUUAAAAGAGUUGUGCUUCUUAGUGAGGAUACAGCUGGAAAUUUUAUUUAUUAUUCAUUAAAUGAAUUAAUUGAUAGCA